CUGAGAGAAAAGAGACGCAGCGACAGGGCGGCGCGGCCCGUGCACUGGGGCUUAUACUGGGAGGGACGCGGUCCACGGCUGGCUAGCUGGGUUCACGGAGACAACAAAGCCGGCCGGGAUUCUGGGACCGGAGACUGGAAACCAGACCAUCACAAUGACGGCUGAAGAGACCGUGAAUGUCAAAGAAGUGGAAAUUACAAAGUUGAUUUUGGAUUUCCUCAAUGCCAAGAAGCUGCACAUCAGCAUGCUGGCCCUGGAGAAGGAGAGCGGGGUGAUAAACGGGCUCUUUUCUGAUGACAUGCUUUUUCUCAGGCAGUUGGUCCUUGAUGGUCAGUGGGAUGAAGUCCUUCAGUUUAUCCAACCGCUUGAGUGUAUGGACAAAUUUGACCGAAAAAGGUUCCGGUACAUAAUUCUAAAGCAGAAGUUUUUGGAAGCGCUGUGUGUGAACAAUGCAAUGUCAGCAGAAGAGGAGCCCCAGCACCUGGAAUUUACAAUGCAAGAAGCUGUGAAGUGUCUCCAUGCCCUCGAAGAGUACUGCUCCUCUAAGGAUGACUACAGCAAGUUGUGUCUUCUGCUCACCCUUCCAAGGCUCACCAACCACACAGAGUUUAAGGACUGGAAUCCAAGCACGGCCCGAGUGCACUGCUUCGACGAGGCCUGUGCAAUGGUAGCAGAGUUCAUCCCUGCUGAUAGGAAACUAAGUGAGGCAGGUUUUAAGGCCAGUAAUAACCGCUUGUUUCAGCUCGUCAUGAAGGGCCUGCUGUAUGAGUGUUGUGUGGAGUUCUGCCAGAGUAAGGCCACUGGAGAGGAGAUCACAGAAAGCGAGGUCCUACUUGGAAUUGACCUUCUUUGUGGUAAUGGAUGUGAUGAUCUUGACUUAAGUCUCUUAUCAUGGCUUCAGAAUUUGCCUCCUAGUGUGUUUUCUUGUGCCUUUGAACAGAAGACACUGAAUAUUCAUGUUGACAAACUUAUGAAGCCCAGUAAAGCUGGCUAUGCAGACCUUCUCACCCCACUCAUCAGCAAACUAUCUCCCUACCCUUCCUCUCCGAUGAGGAGGCCACAGUCUGCAGACGCAUACAUGUCUCGCUCGUUGAACCCGGCCUUGGAUGGUCUUACGUGUGGGCUGAGUGGUCAUGAUAAAAGAACAGUUGAGCCUGGAAGUAAAACUUCACCAAUGUCUCAUUCAUUUGCUAACUUCCAUUACCCUGGAGUGCAGAACCUCAGUCGCAGCCUAAUGUUGGAGAGCUCAGACUGUCACAGUAUCUAUGAAGAGUCUUCUGAAAGCAGAAGUGAUACUCCUCAGGAGAAAGACAUUCCCGGCAGUAGUGAGACCUUGUGCCAAAACAUCAGCCCCGAGAACAAUCUCCAAACAGCAGCAUCGUGUGACGGGCCAGAACAACCAGAGAGAAAUGAGCUGCGGGACUCUACAGAGCAGUUUGAAGAAUAUUACCGCCAGAAGAUGCGUUACCAGCAGCACCUGGAACAAAAGGAGCAGCAAAGGCAGCUCUAUCAGCAAAUGCUGGUUGAGGGGGGAGUCAACCAAACGGAGUCUGAACAUCCCCAAAAUCUCACUGAACAGUUUCUUAACAGGUCUAUCAGAAAGCUUGGUGAGCUGAAUGUCGGGAUGGAGCCUCUUAGUGAAGAGAUUCAGACAAAGAGCAAUCCACACAAUGGGCCCAGAGACAGCAGCUCAUCUGCCACCAAUGGACCUUCUCCUAUAGUAACCACUUCUCUAGGAAAUCAGCAGCCUGAUGGACAGAACAUAAAUUCAAGCACUCCUAGGAAGCUAGGAGCCUCUACCCAUAUACCUUUCCCAGAAGAGUCACCAGUGUUCGGAAGUUCAGGUGAAACACAGAACCUUGAAGAACCCCUAACUGCUAGUGCAAGGAAAAGUUCAGAGCCAGAUGGAAAAUCAAAGCAGCAGUUUAUCUGUCUGACAACCCUGGAGGAUACUCAAGCAGUCAGAGCUGUGGCUUUUCACCCCAGUGGGUCACUUUAUGCUGUUGGAUCAAAUUCCAAGACUCUCAGAGUUUGCGCUUACCCAGACUCCUUGGAUACUACCAGCACCCCAAGCAGCCCCAUACAGCCAAUGGUUCGAUUUAAGAGGAACAAACACCACAAAGGGUCCAUUUACUGUGUGGCCUGGAGCCCAUGCGGGCAGCUGCUAGCUACUGGAUCUAAUGACAAGUAUGUGAAGGUGCUGCCUUUUAAUGCUGAAACAUGUAAUGCAACAGGGCCAGAUUUGGAAUUCAGCAUGCAUGAUGGGACGAUCAGAGACUUGGCUUUUAUGGAAGGGCCAGAAAGCGGUGGUGCAAUAUUAAUCAGUGCAGGAGCAGGCGACUGUAAUAUCUACACUACAGACUGCCAGCGGGGGCAGGGACUUCAUGCAUUAAGCGGGCACACCGGGCAUAUCUUGGCUCUUUACACUUGGAGCGGUUGGAUGAUUGCAUCAGGAUCUCAAGAUAAGACUGUCAGAUUUUGGGAUCUGCGGGUUCCCAGCUGUGUUCGAGUGAUUGGAACUACUUUCCAUGGAACAGGCAGUGCAGUGGCCUCAGUGGCAGUGGAUCCUAGUGGAAGGCUGCUUGCCACAGGCCAGGAGGAUUCUAGUUGUAUGCUGUAUGACAUCAGAGGAGGUCGAAUGGUACAGAGUUAUCACCCACACACCAGUGAUGUGCGGUCUGUCCGAUUCUCCCCGGGAGCACACUACCUGCUCACUGGUUCUUAUGACAUGAAGGUUAAAGUCACAGAUCUACAAGGUGAUCUUACAAAACCUCUUCCAAUCAUUGACGUUGGUGAGCACAAGGACAAGGUGAUCCAGUGCCGGUGGCAUACACAAGAUCUCUCCUUCUUGUCAUCAUCUGCUGACAGAACUGUAUCCCUGUGGGCUUACAAUGCUUAACCAGAGACUUCACAAGUUAGGUCGACUUUCACUAGGAGGCUGAUUUGACUUUUCCGAUCUGGCCUCCAUUAUCUUGGUUUUACAGCUGAACCUCUAAGCUGCCAGAGAGGUUAGUUACUGUACGACUGCAACCAAAAAUAUAGAAUAAAAUCAUAGCUACAUCAUGCUGUAGUAGUGCAGACGAAAGGCGGUAACCAGCCUCGGGUCAGUCGUAGAUAAAGAUCAUUUAAGAUAUACAUAUGUGUAUAGGAUUUUUUUCUUUUCCUGCUUUAUCAGUAUGUGAGUGGGAUUUUUUUGUUUGUAAGAGCACGCAUCUCUGCAGAACAAAAUUGCGUUCUUAGCUUACGCUAAAAUGAGCAGUAGCACUUUGAAAUGGCGAACACAGCAGGACAGUUUGACCACUCAAGUCUGUGGACACUUUUAUUUGACAACUGCACCUUAAUAUACACAUGACUACCCAAGAGAUCGGUGUAAGUAAUAGCAGAAUGUGGCAAUAUGAUCUGGAAUUCAUUAAAUUAAAGGGGUUGUCUUGGGGGGGGGGGGGUCCAUUUUUUUAAAGGGCCAGAAUAGGUUUAAAAUAAAUAUUAGUGACCUCCCCGAUUCGCUGUUUUCCCGCUGUUGCUUCUGUCCCUGACUCUCUACUUCCUGGUCCUGGCAGAGGUUGGUCACUGCUGUGGGUGGUGACUGGUAGUAGGGAGCAGCGUCAGAACAUCAGCAGGGGACCAGUGAA